AUGAGUGGGAAUUCAAUCAAGAGAGUCGCAGUCGUUGGUGCUGGGCCUGCUGGUGCCAUUGUCAUCGAUGCACUCGCGCAGGAAAAGGCUUUCGAUCUAAUCCGCGUCUUCGAAAGAAGACGUGAGGCUGGAGGAUGCUGGAGCGGUGAUGAAGGCCUGCCACCAACCAUUUCCAAUAUAUCACAGCUAGGUGACCGGACUGCAGACCCACCUUUGACAAUACCGGAGCAGUCACCAACGAUACGUCCGAAGACACAUCAGCAGAGAUUCGAUGAAGCUACAGCAUACCCUUACCUCGAAACCAAUGUUGUCGCGGAAGCGAUGCAAUUCAGCCAGGAGCCUAUACCCGGAGUAGUGAGCGGGUACUCCAAAAGGUUAUACGGGCCCAAAUCUCCGUACCGACAUUGGAAGGUGAUGCGUCAAUACAUUCAAUCUCUGGUAAAACGGAAUGGGUAUGAGGACUUCGUCUCGUACAACACGAGCGUCGAGCGAGCUGAAAAGGUUGGAUCGGUAUGGCAAGUGACGCUCCGGAAUCCAGGACAGGAACAUGAUUACUGGUGGACAGAAGAAUUCGAUGCCGUUAUUGUUGCCAGUGGGCAUUACAACGUGCCUUACAUUCCUGCAAUUCCGGGUCUGGACGAGUUCGAGAAAGACCGACCUGGCAGCGUGAUCCAUAGCAAGCAUUUCCGUGGCAGAGAUUUGUACAAAGAUAAGCGUGUAGUUGUGGUUGGUGCUUCGGUCUCAGCUGCAGACAUAGCUUUCGAUCUCACGUCCGUCACAGUGGCUCCAGUACAUGCAAUCGUCAUUGGACACAAAUUCAAUGUCUAUUUCGGCGGCGAAGCGUUCAAUCAUCCUUUGAUCCAGCGCCACCCUUCUAUAUCCCAAAUCGUUGGCCGAACCGUCCAUCUAGAGGAUGGCACAGUGAUUGACGACGUGGACCACAUUAUCUUCGGAACCGGCUACACGUGGACGAUUCCGUUCCUACCUCAAGUGGCGACACGCAACAAUCGAAUUCCGGACUUGUAUGAGCAUGUCGUGUGGCAGCAUGAUCCUACUUUACUCUUUGUAGGUGCUGUCAACGCCGGUCUGACCUUCAAGAUCUUCGAGUGGCAGGCUAUUUAUGCAGCGUCUUUGUUAUCCGGUCGUGGAACGUUACCGUCCCGAGAAGAGAUGAAGGCCUGGGAAGAGGACCGCAUCAAGAAGAAAGGAGAUGGGCCGAAGUUUGCGUUGGUUUAUCCGGAUUUCGAAGACACGUUUGAACGUCUCCGAAGUCUCAGUGGAGAAGUCAAGGACGGCAAGGGGCGACCAUUGCCCAAAUUCCGAAGGGAAUGGUUCCGGGAUUUUACGAAUGGACAUGAGCUUCGAAAGCAAACGUGGAAACGAUUGAACGCCGAAGCGAGGGCAAACCUAGAGAGUAGUGCGGCAAAAGCGCGCCUGUAG